UCGGCGCCCGCAGCCGCGUGCAUGACCCUCCGCAAAGGGGAGAAGACGCCCAUCAGCAUCCAGGAGCACAUGGCCAUCGACGUCUGCCCCGGCCCCAUCAAGCCCAUCAAGCAGAUCUCCGACUACUUCCCCCGCUUCCCCCGCGGGCUCCCCGCCGCCGUGGGCCGCAGCGGCGGUCUGCGCCCCGCCGCCGGCCCCGCCGAGCCGCCCCGCCGCCCGGCCGGCGACGGCGACGGCGGCGACGACGACGACGUGGACCGGCUCUUCGGCGCCUAUGGCGCGACGCCCGCCCCGCCGCCCGGCAGGUGCCCCGCCGCGCCGGAGGAGGCCGCCGACCCCGAGGGAUACGAGUCCGACGACUGCACGGCGCUGGGGACGCUGGACUUCAGCUUGCUCUACGACCGGGAGAACAACGCUCUGCACUGCACCAUCAGCAAAGCCAAGGGCCUGAAGCCCAUGGACCACAACGGGCUGGCCGACCCCUACGUCAAGCUGCACUUGCUUCCCGGAGCCAGCAAGGCCAACAAGCUGAGGACGAAGACGCUGCGCAACACGCUGAACCCCGCCUGGAACGAGACGCUCACCUACUACGGCAUCACCGACGAGGACAUGGUCCGCAAGACGCUGCGGAUCUCGGUGUGCGACGAGGACAAGUUCCGGCACAACGAGUUCAUCGGUGAGACCCGGAUCCCCCUCAAGAAGCUGAAGCCCAACCAGACCAAGAGCUUCAGCAUCUGCCUGGAGAAGCAGCUGCCGAUGGACAAGACGGAGGACAAGUCGCUGGAGGAGCGGGGCCGCAUCCUCAUCUCCCUCAAGUACAGCUCCCAGAAGCAGGGGCUGCUGGUGGGCAUCGUCCGCUGCGCCCACCUGGCCGCCAUGGACGCCAACGGCUACUCCGACCCCUAUGUCAAGACGUACCUGAAACCGGACGAGGACAAGAAAUCGAAGCAUAAGACAGCAGUGAAGAAGAAGACGCUAAACCCCGAGUUCAACGAGGAGUUCUGCUACGAGAUAAAGCACGGCGACCUGGCGAAGAAGACCUUGGAAGUCACCGUGUGGGAUUACGACAUCGGGAAGUCCAACGAUUUCAUAGGCGGCGUCGUGCUGGGCAUCAACGCCAAGGGCGAGCGCCUCAAGCACUGGUUCGACUGCCUGAAAAACAAGGACAAGAAAAUCGAGCGCUGGCACACGCUGACCAACGAGCUGCCGGGCGCCGUGCUCAGCGACUGAAGACCCCGCGGCAGGGACGUGCUCCGCCGGGGCGCCCCGCGGCGUUCCCAGGCUCUCCGUGCCCGUUUGCACGCACACACACAGGUGCAUGCGUGUGCAUGCACACGCAUGUGUGCGCAGCCAUGCAUGCACACGCGUGUCCGCACCCCCCGUGCCUGGACACUCAUGCAUGCACCGUGCACCUGCACACGCGCGCCCACACGCGCACACCAAGCCUGCAUGCACAAAAACUCCGACUUGUGUCCCGACUCUUGGCUGUACUGAACCGCCGUCUUGCUGCCUUGCAAUGAUUCAGUGGCAACAUGAAAUGCGCCCGUC